AUGGCCUCUCCUCCCGCGGGACAGGGGCCCCAGAGCAGGGCCCGCGUGGCCAUUCUGGCGGAGCUGGACAAAGAGAAGAGGCGCCUGCUGCAGGGCCAGACUCUGACCUGUCCCGGGACGCUGUGGUCCGCCCCCCGGAGCCUGAAGGACGCGCGUGACUCCGCGGAGCAGCAGCUCAUCGCGGCGCAGCAGAAAACCGCCCUGCAGCACGCGCACGGGCACUGCUCCGGCUUCUUCAUCACACAAGACUCUGCGUUUGGGAACCUCAUCCUCCCCGUGCUGCCCCGCCUCGAGCCCCGCCCCGAGCCCCGCCCAGAGCCCCGCCCAGAGCCGGACUUAUGA